AUGUGUGCGGGAACCAAUAGCUACCGCGCUAGCAAGAACGCCACGGGCGUCUUGGGGAAGAAGUUGACCAAAGGCUUGCAACUAGACAGCAACGGAUGUGAAUAUGACUUUGAGGAUGUGUUAGAUGGGCCGCUAGCGAAGACGCCAGCAAUCCACUUUCGCCUCGUUCAACCGGAUGAGCGCCUAUCUACGGCGCAGAAGUACCUCAAGCAGAAGGUUAUUGACAGUCUUCCGAGAGUAACCCACGCAAAGCCUGCGAUCACUAGUGAUCAUCUGAGACUCAGCGAUCGUCUAGAACAUUGCGAACAGACUGCUGCAGAGUUAUCGACGCAGCCCCCAAGGUCAGCAGAAGAGCACCUCGAUUGGCCUGGAACUGCGUCGCACAACUCUCCUUACGCAUACUACCACUCAGGUGAGACAUUCGGCAGCCGUCCGAGAGCAACAUCCUGCGAGAGUACAACCAGCACGGUGGACUUUCGCUUGAAAGAGAACUCUCCGAUCAACAGUAUCGCCAACCCUUACAUCUCCCGGUCCUUCGACAGUCGUUCCGGAAACCAAACCGACGCGACACACAGUGUGAGUCGACCACGAACUUCGAAGCAUGGCCCUAGCUCGCUGGAGGAAGAGGACGACCAGUAUGUGCCGACCACGCAUGCACCUCGGCCGUUAAUGAAACGCAUGGAUAACGCGGAGUGGGACGACGAAAGAGACUUGGGAACAGAGAGAGAAGUCGGGAUCGCACCUCUGAAAGAUGCAGAUCAGAGAAUCGUCAGCUGA